UUGCUCUCUGGGCAGAAGCAGCGGAGAGAGGAGAGCCAGCCGGGACCGCAGAGAGAACACCGCACCGCAUCCCUUUGACGACUCUGCCUUCCAUCUGUAGAUAACCACACCCGAGUUGUACUUUGCCUUUGGUUCCGUUUCUGAACACUUCUUUUCCAUUCAGCCAGCUGGGAGAGACAAAGCCCCGUGCCCCGAGCGCCAGAGCUCUGGCCAGGGGCUGGCUGGCUGUAAAUUGACGUGGCAUGGAAAUUCUCCGCUAAGUUGCAGCAGUUUGUGAGCUCCUGGAAGAUCCAGCCCAGCGUCCCGGAGCCGCAGCUGAACCAGGGGCUCCGGGACCUUCCAGGAGAAUGGAUAAAGUGCCCCGCUCCUCGCCUGGGACCGGCCGUUUGCUUUCUGACUAUCUAUCACUUCGCUGGAAAUCAAACUGAAGCAGUGAGUCUGUAACUUGGUUUUCCGAAGAAGCUUGAACAAGAGAAUUGGCUGCUCGGGUGCCCCUUCCUGGUCCCCGCAAUCUAACUCCUUGCAGGCUUUGCCAUGGGGUGCGGACUUAGGAAGCUGGAAGACCCUGAGGAUAGCAGCCCUGGAAAAAUAUUUUCUACCCUCAAGAGACCGCAAGUGGAAACAAAGACAGAAUUCGCCUAUGAGUAUGCACUGCUGGAUUUUACUUUACAAGCUUCCACAAACCCAGAAGUCAUCAAGAUAAACUCAGUUCUGGAUAUAGUUGCCAAGGUGGAAGACUACUAUCUUAAGGGCUAUGUUGUUGGGGCCAUCCAUCCGGUUAUACAGCCUGCGGGGCACCGCAGACACCUCCCAGCGAGUCACCUCUACAGAGUGGUGCUGGCCCGCUUGAAAGUGAGCCCCAAGCACCCAGCAGCACCGAGGGGACCGAGGCACGCCAGACUUGUGAUGGAGGAGUGUCCACUCACCUACGAGACGCCAGCCAACGACGCAGCAAAGGAACUCAUGGAAAAGGUUAAUGCUGCUGCCAAGAGAGGAAUGAAGUUUGUUGGAUUUGUGUCACAGUGUCACCUGCCGUCUAAACACUGUAAUGGAACCAGCCACGGUGGAGAUGCAGAAUCGGGCCCACACGGGAAACCCGGUUCUCACGACAGCCGCAAAAGCUGGAGUGAAGGAGAGGUCAGUGCACAGUUGUCUGACAGCGGAACGGAGGAGGAACCUCCUUGCGAAAGUGGACGGAAGACAGAAGGAAACAGCAGCCCCAGCUACUCUACACCAGAGCGGGGAGGAGAUCACAAGCUGUACAUGGUCUUCAAUGCUUUUGACGAGGAUUCAGCCUGCUGGACCUACCAGGAAGGUGUCCUGUCCAUGAAAGUGACGAGGAAAGGAGCCGUCAUCAACACCCUUGAGGCCAACUGGCUAGAAUUAACUACAUUUUAUUAUAAGCAAGGCUUGUCUUUAGUUGACUCCUUUGUAUGUUGGGAGACACCUAAAGGGGACCAUUUGCCUAAAUCUCUGGAAGGAUUUUUUAUCUAUGAAGAAGAAGGUUCUGGGGUUCCAGGUUCUAACAAGAAAGGAAACGAUGCCAUUGUGGUGGAGCAGUGGACCGUCAUUGAGGGCUGUGAAAUCAAAACAGACUAUGGCCCUCUGCUGCACACUCUGGCUGAGUUCGGCUGGCUCCUGACCAGCGUGCUGCCCACACCUAUACUGAAACACAACAGGGAAGGGAAUUUGGCUACAAAGCAGGUCGUAUUUCUCCAGAGGCCAGUGGUGUGGAGUUCAGCUGCCCAGACUCCAGAAAGGAAAGCUAGCCGGCUGCUGAAGGGUGAGGACAGGAACAGGGUCGGCAGCAGCAGGAGCCUGGGCCUGGACACCAGCGCGUCCCAACCCGCAGAUGGCCGUGCCCCGCUUGAGGAGGGCCCUCUCUCCCCCUCCAGAGAGUGCUGGACCAAGGAGGAGCGGCCGGCCCAGAGCGACAGCUUUUUGGGGUUCAGCAGCAGCGACAGCGUCCUCCGGGAACUGGAUGACGGACAGUUUGACCAGGAAGAGGGCGUGACGCAGGUCACCUGCAUGUGAGCUGCCAAGGGAAGCUGUGGGAAGCCAUGUAAAUAGUUAUUAAAAUGACUGCCCGCUGCCCAGGCUCAGCCUUCCCCUAAUCUGUUUUGGUCUUGAGCCUAGCCUUUAACGGCUGAGCCAUCUCUCCAGCCUGCCUUCCUCUAAUCUAGGUAAACUUGGUCUCAAUCUCCCAGACAAGGAAGAAUAACCGAUUAUUUAUCAAUCUAAAACCAUGCUUACAUUUCUCUCAUCUGAAACACCUGUGCAAACAGAUGUCCCAACUGGCCAUUAAGCAACAACCUGGCUCCACUUCCUCAUGAAUGGACAAAUCAGGAUUUCUCCUUGUGCCUGUUAAAAAGACUGACUAUCCAAAUAAUUUGUUUCAACCAAUUAGAGCCUUCUCAGAAAGCUACAGCCUCGCUUAAACUCAAAAAUAUCCUCUCCCCAUCUCUGUCCCUCGCUCACAGACUAGCUAUUCCUUGUCUGUAACCAUCAGUUUAACUGUUGUUUCUGACUAAGGCAUAUACCUACAAACCAAGCCCCUAUUUGUCAAAAUAGUCUUCCAAAAAGUUUUUAUGUGUUUGUUUGUUUGUUGUUCUGGGUUGUUUUUUGUU